GAAAACAACAGCAGAGAGAGAGAGAAGUCGAUGCUCUUCGCUGUCUCGAACUCGAAGAAGAAGAAGAAGAAGAAGCAGAGAGAGGGGGUCAGGGUCGAACUUCAGCUCCCUUCCACUCGCCUUCGCCCGCCUCGAAAACCCUAAUCUCCCGCACAGCCUCGCUCUACGGAAGGUGCUCAGAUUGUUUCCUUGCAAGCUUUCCUAGUUAAAUACCUAGAAUGCCAAGACCAAAGGCAAAUGCAUCAUCAGCUACUAAACCAGUUGAGCCGGAAAAGCCAAUUGGAUCCAAUGAGAGGGUUGACCUCGAAGAAGAGAAUGAUCCUGAGGAGGAAAUGGAUGAAGAGGUUGAGUAUGAGGAAGUAGAAGAAGAGGAGGAAGUUGAAGAGAUAGAAGAAGAGUUAGAAGAAGAGGAGGUGGAAGUUGAAGAAGAAGAGGAGGAGGAGGAGGAGGAGGAGGAGGAGGAGGAGGAGGUGGAGGAGGAGGAUAAUGACGAUACUGUCGAUGGGACUGAUGCUCAUAAAACGCUUGAUGGCAAUGAUACAAUGGUUGUGGAUCAGGACGAGAAGAAAAAACAUGCAGAACUUCUUGCCCUUCCUCCUCAUGGUUCUGAAGUGUACAUCGGUGGCAUACCUCAUGAUGCUUCAGAGGAGGAUCUGAGAACUUUCUGCAAGUCCAUUGGAGAAGUUACUGAGGUACGAAUUAUGAAAGCCAAAGAUUCAGCAGAAAACAAGGGAUUUGCUUUUGUUACUUUUAGAAAUGUGGAAUUGGCAUCCAAAGCCAUUGAGGAGCUGAACGAGUCUGAUUUUAAGGGUAAAAAAAUAAAAUGUUCAACGUCACAAGCAAAGCAUCGAUUAUUUAUCGGUAAUGUACCUAGGAGCUGGGGAGAUGAAGAUCUGAGGAAAGUUGUGACACAGAUUGGACCUGGUGUGACUGGUAUAGAGUUGGUGAAGGAUUUGAAGAAUACUAGCAAUAAUCGUGGCUUUGCUUUUAUUGAUUAUCACAACCAUGUGUGCGCUGAAUAUUCUAGACAGAAGAUGAUGAAUCCAAAGUUUAAGCUGGACAAAAAUGCUCCUACUGUUAGCUGGGCAGAUCCUAAAAAUUCUGAUUCUUCUGCGUCUUCUCAGGUGAAGGCAGUAUAUGUGAAGAACCUUCCCAAGAACGUGACGCAAGAUCAAUUAAAGAAGCUAUUUGAGCACCAUGGAAAGAUAAUCAAAAUAGUUCUGCCACCAGCAAAACCUGGACAAGAGAAAAAUAGGAUUGGCUUUAUACACUUCGCAGAGAGGUCAAGUGCCAUGAAAGCGCUGAAGAACACAGAAAAAUAUGAACUCGAUGGACAAGUCUUGGAGUGUUCUCUUGCAAAGCCACAAGUAGAUCAGAAGUCUGUCGCAGGACCAUCUUCUCAGAAGUCAGGUCUUCUUCCAAGUUAUCCACUCCGUGUUGGUUAUGGUCUACCUGGGGGUGCCUAUGGUGCCUUAGGAGCAGGCUUUGGUGCAGCAGGCUUUGCACAACCCAUGAUAUAUGGAAGAGGACCAAGUCCUGCUGGUAUGGCAAUGAUGCCAAUGUUUUUGCCUGAUGGAAGGAUUGGAUAUGUCUUGCAGCAGCCUGGAGCACAGCCUCUUCCUCCACCUCCACAUCAAAGAAGUAGCAACAGGCCUGGCAGCGGGAGUGGCAGCAAGAGUGGUGGCAGUUCAAGCCGGGGAAAACCUAAUAACGAUAGUGGCCAAGGGCGAAGGUACCGCCCUUACUAGCACUGGAGGGAGUUUCUUGCCUCAAGUUUUAUUAGUGUUGGAUACCUUGAAAGUUGUUUGUUUAUUAAUUUGUAACACCCAUUUUCAUGUUUCUCGUUUUUUUCUUGGCGCUUCUUCCUGGGACCCUUCCCGAAGGUGAUCAUUUAUCUGCCCAUCUAA